AAACAUACUGCGUCAAGAUAAAGUAGGGUAUGUUUAAGAAAUAUCGGAAAACAGAAAUCAUAAAUAAUAGUUAUCAUGUUGACACAUAUUAUGUAACUAUUUCCAUAUUUAUUUUUAAAAAUCUGGAAUUACAAGUGGAUUUGGUGUACUACAAUUCUUCAAGUCUAGUUUGGAUAAAGCGCAAGUUUCCUGCAAUUCAGAAUGGCAAAAGACUGUCAUUGUCAUGACCAGAAGAAGUCGCCAAGUGUUGACAAACGAGCAAGGACAAAACUGCUUAUCGCAUGUGUUCUUUCCAUGCUGUUCAUGACAGCCGAGAUAGUUGGUGGAUAUUUAGCUAAUAGUUUGGCUAUAGCAUCUGACGCUGCCCAUUUGUUAACAGAUCUAGCAAGUUUCAUGAUAAGCCUUCUUGCUUUGUAUAUUGCUUCAAGACGAGCCACAAGGAAACUGAGCUUUGGCUGGUACCGGGCAGAGAUUUUAGGGGCCUUAGUUUCUAUUCUUCUGCUCUGGGUGAUAACGGCUGUGCUAUGUUACAUAGCUGUGCAGAGAGUUAUCAAACGGCAAUUUGAAGUGAAUGCAACCAUCAUGCUGGUAACAGCCUCGUGUGGAGUCGCGUUUAACCUUGUGAUGGGACUAACCUUGCACCAAGGAGGCAUCGGACACUCCCAUAACAGCGAAAGUGAAGAUAGUAUCAAGAACACACUUCCUGAUACGGACAAAGAAAAACUAGUAUUGACUUCAUUUGACUAUGAACAAGGUGUUGGAAAAACUGCCUCGUAUGGAGGUAUCUCAACCAAUCAAACAGCAGACGAUAAUUUGGCAGAGAAAGAUGAUAGUCAUUCCCACAAGGCCAAUAUAAACAUAACUGCAUCAUUUCUACACGUGGUCGGCGAUCUUCUUCAGAGUAUAGGUGUUCUUGUUGCAGCGGUCAUUAUUUAUUUCAAGCCUGAAUGGAAGCUGGCCGACCCUAUUUGCACCUUCGUGUUUUCUGUGAUAGUAAUUUGCACCACGUUAAGAAUCUUGCGGGACAUAUUGGUGGUGCUGAUGGAAGGUACACCGCGACAUUUGGAUUUCAAAACCAUAUACCAAAGUUUAAAAGGAUUACCGAAAGUAGAAGAUAUUCAUGACCUUAGAAUAUGGUCGCUCUCAAUGGAUAAGAUAGCUUUAUCUGUACAUAUUGCAGUCAGCACGACUACAGAUACUAUGGUCGUGCUGAAACAAGCUACUAACCUGAUAAGGUCACAAUUUGGGAUCACAGAAUCUAAUAUACAGAUAGAAGAGUAUAUGACAGACAUGAAGGACUGUACCCACUGUACCGCUCACACCGACUGACCUGGCUACUUAAAGCCUACUGAAACAACAAGCUUUGGCGUGCUCAUACGGUCUUCCGAAAAAACCAUUAUCAUUCAGUAUCUAUAUUGGGCUUCAUGAACUAACAUCAUCGAUUGACGAGCAUAUACAGUCAGUGUAGCAAUAACUGGAGUAGUGAUAUGAUAUAAGAUUCUUUCACUGGUUAUAGGUGCAGAUGGGAAUUUCCGGCCUCGAGGGUAACUGUUUAGGCGGUAACGAGGUUCCUACCGAGUUACCGCUUAAACAAUUCCCCGAGAGCCGGAUAUUGCCAUCUGAACCUAUAACCAGUGACAUAAUCUUUUUCUUGCAUACCGAUAUCAAGAUAUAAUAAUAAAAAUAAAGUCAGUCGAACGGCUUUCUUUUUAGAACUAUUUCUUAUAGCAGCGUAUUUAAACAAAGCGCGGGAAACCAACGUCCGUAAACAGGAAAGACGUCAUGACCGUUUCAAAGACAAAUAACAAUGUUAAAUUCCGGUUUUGUUUUAUCAGUUGCAGCGUAACGUUAUGAAUUUUUGAUAAAAGAACGUGUUUUGAAUCGAGAAAUAUACUAUCAGGAAAAGGAGGAACUGUCAAGGUAUUGGAUUUUUUUCCCGUUUUUCGAAAUAAAAUAUAAAUCACUACAUAAAUCUUCUACAUAUAUGUAGUUCGUAAUACGUCAUUUAAAGCACGAGAGUCAUCUUACACCCCGGGGUGUAAGAUGGAUUUUUCCAGCACCGGUAAAAAUACCGGAAAUCCCCGUCUGGUAUGCAAGAAAGUGUAAUAUGAACGAUAUCGGAAUGUCUCAAAUAUUUGAAGCAAAAGCAAUUGUUGAUUUCAAAGAAGCAAAAAAAUUAAAAAUGGUUUCAGGAAAUUCAAAACAUCCGGAAGCUACGAACUUAUAGAACAUUCAAACAAAAUUUUAAAUGUGAAGACUAGCUAAAUAUCAACUUGAAAAAGUACGAAAGUUCUAUGUUGUGUCAAUUUCGAUGUGGUAUAUUACCUUUACGCAUGGAGACUGGCCGAUAUGUGGGUGAAACGCCAGAACAGAGACUCGGUUUUGCACAAAAAAAUGUACCGGAAAUGAAAUGAAACGCACUUUUUACUAGACUGUGACUUUUAUUGUGAUAUAAGAAACACUAUUUACGGAGAUAUUCUAAGCAAAAAUGAUUUCCGUAAUCUCUCGAUAAUAGAAAAAAUAAACAACCUUAUCAAUUCACAUCAGAGAAAAUCAUCAAAAUUUAUCGUGAAAUCUUAUCUCCACAGAAUCUCCAAGUAUUGCAUAUUCAUAAAUCUAACAUCAUGAAAUAGUGAUAGUAAAUUAUAUUUUAAAGAUUAUUGACUAUGUCAACAACUAAUGAACUGUGUAAUAUACGUCACGCUUCCUUUUCCCUUACUUGUACUGUACAUGUCACACACUUGAGGCUGAAUACAGUCUAUAUAUUAAUUACUGUUAUAUUUAUGUAUUCUUAACUGUUAUUGUUAUAUUAACAGUAUAUUUUUUGUGAAAUGUAUCAUAGAUGUUCUCCGGACCGUUUAGGUAGGGAUUGACCCAAUCAUCCGGGACGGUUUGCAUGCUGUGAUGCAUUUCACAGGCAUCAUACUGAUUAAUUUUGUCUACAUUCUUUGUGUUAUUCUGUUCUACCCAGGUCAGUCAAUAUAUAUAAUCUUUACACUAUUGUAUUGUUGGUCAAGAUUUCAUCACACCUGUUGGUUCGUCUUUUGUUUGACUACAAUGAAUGUCUGCCAUAUCUAUCUAUUUAUAUAUUAUCAAUUACACUUUAAUGCUUAAUGAAUUUAGGUGACUUAAUGUCCAUUGGACCGGGUGCUUUUUGUAUUUAUAAUUAUUGAUAUAACUGUAUUAUUAAUGCACAGGUCACCAAAAUAAACAAUUUCUUAUCUUA